AUGCCUUACCAGGAGCCUCCCCGGAGUAGAUGGAACCCCUAUGGACAGUACGAGCUACCAAUGCUCCACCAAGGCCAAGGAAGCCACACACAUUUCAACGAUGAAGAAGAGGAGGAAGAGGAGCCACAAGCUCGAUCGAGUGAGCCGCAAGAGGCAACCCCAGUUGCAUGGAGUGCUCCUGAUGGCCGUCUCCCAUCUCCAGACCACGACCUAGUCUCCCAGUUCUUUGGGGGACACUGA